AUGGUGGUGACUCCUCUUCUAUACAAUGACAAUCGUACUAGGCUUUUUAUUUACACAAGAGCAGGUGCAUCGCGCUGUUAUAAUACAUAUUGUCCUGGAUUUGUAAUUGUUAGAACAGAUAUCCCCCUCGAUCAGAUUCUUGAACCAGUUUCUCAAAGGGGUGAAAAAAUAUAUGGAAAAACACUCUACAUUCAGCGGGAUCCUCCAAACGGGAAUUGGUGGCUUCAAGUAGGACGGAAUAUGACUCAAGUUGGAUUUUGGCCAAAGGAUAUAUUCUCAGUCACAGGGUUGGCAGAUCUCGCAACUUAUGUAGAAUGGGGAGGGAAAGCAUACAGUCCUAUAAUGAUUCCUAGUCCUCCAAUGGGCGCAGGGGAUGUGUUGUAUGGGGAUGUAUUCAAAGAUUCAUUUGCCAGAUAUAUAACCACUAUAAAUGAAACUUCUCAAAUUGUUGAUGCUACAGAGACCUCAACCUUUGCAGAUAUCAAAGAAUAUAAUGUUAUAGAUAAAGGAUUUUAUGAGAGCAAAUAUAGACAUCUUAUCUUUUAUGGUGGUCGUGGUACUUAUGUGGGGGAAUAG